GCCUGCGCCACGGACUGGAGCGGCCGCGCCACCAGCAUCGCCCUGUGACUGCCACAGAUGCUCGGGGCCAGACGGGCACCGGAGGGUGGCGGAGGAGAACACCUGGCUGCAGGAGCUCAUCGUGGAGGAGCUAGCGCAGGCCGAGCGCUGGCAGGGGCACUACGAGGGGCUGCUGGGGCACCAGGCCCGGCUCCAUGCCCUGCUGCAGGCCCAGAGCCUGGAGUCGCUGGAGCAGGCAGCCCGGGCGCUGCGGGACGAGCUGGAGGAGGCUCAGGGCGCCUUGUGGGAGCAGCAAGAGCAGAGCCGCCGGUGCCACGUCCACCAGCUGGAAAAAGAAAACCAGAGAUUGGCUGAGACCAUUCAGGAGCUGGAGGGAAAGGUCUCCAAGCAGAGAGCGUGGGAGAAGACCCACAAGCAGGCUCUGCAGCAGCUGCGGGUGCAGGGGGACGAGCUGCAGAGGCAACUGUGGGAUGUGGAGGCCAAUCGCCAGGCGAAGGCCGACAGGAUCCGGGAGAAGCAGCGACACGUGGAGGAGCUGAGCGGGACCAUCCGGGGACUUGCUCGAAGGACACAGCUUCCAGAGGGAGGCGCUAUACGGACCCCUGGGGACCCCGCCCGGCAGCCUCCUGUGGGAGGAGAGAGUGCGUGUCCAGACGGAGAAGCUGCUGUGUCAGGAGUCGGGGGCCUCAGGGCCAAGGGGGCGACUCCCCCCCAGGGGCUGUUUCCAUCAGAUCCUGCUUGGUGUCUCCCGCCCCCCCGGUUCCCCAGGAUGCUGCCCCUCUUCCUCCUGGCUGUGGCCCUGCCCCUGCCCCGUGUGGCUGCAGGGGGCAUCUCCUGCUAUGACGAUGCCGGGCAGCCCGUGGACUGGUUCCUGGCCUACAAGCUGCCCCGGCCCCGGCACGGCCCCCCUUCUGAGGGCAUGCGCUACAUGUACCAGGAUGCCCGCUCUGGCGGCUGGGUGCCCGGCCAUGCCCUCAUGAACAGCACCCAGAGCGCUGUGGGCAGGACCCUGCUGCAGCUCUACCAGGGGGCAAACAGGCGGACGGAAGACACGGCCUACAUCCUGUACAACGACCAGCCCCCAAAGAAUGUCACCUCCUCCACCAGUGCCCGGGGGCACACCAAGGGCGUAGUCCUGCUGGACAGUGCCCAGGGCUUCUGGCUGCUGCACAGCACCCCCCACUACCCGCCCCCCACGUCGGAGACCUAUGCCUGGCCCCACAGCGGCCUGCACAAUGGCCAGUCCUUCCUGUGCGUCACCUUUCCCUAUGCCCAGUUCAAGGAGAUCGGCACCCAGCUGAGGUUCAGCGACCCCGAGGUGUUCGACGCCCGGGUGCAGGGGCCCUUCGCCCAGGACCUGCCCGACCUGCGCCUGGCCUCCGAGAUGCAGCCCGUGCGGGAGCCCCCCUGGAACCGCAGCGUGGCCCUGACCUCGCGGGGGGGGCGCCGCUUCCUGAGCCUGGCCAAGUUCCGGCUCUUCCACGACGAUCUCUAUUCCGGCUGGCUGGCCCAGGCACUCUCCAGCGACCUCUACGUCCAGUUCUGGCCCAACUCGCGGGGGGUCCUGCCCUCCAACUGCUCGGGGCCCUACCGGGUGUAUAACAUCGAGGCGCUGGGCUUCCCGGCCCCGGGGCCCCACUUCUCGGCCACCGUCGACCACUCCAAGUGGUGCGUGAGCACCGAGGGCGCGCCCGGCUGGGCCUGCGUGGGCGACACGAACCGCAAUGUAGAGGAGGAACAGCGGGGAGGGGGGACCCUGUGCCAGCAGGACCCGGCCGUCUGGAAAUCUUAUUGCGCCCUAGUGCAGAGCUAUAGCAAGUGCUAGGAGGGGAGCGGGGGCUAGUGGGUGGAGCCGGGAUUGGGAGUCGGUCACUGCCCCAGUGACUCUCCAGGGGAACCUUGCAGUGCCUCAGUUUCCCCAUCUGUGACACUUGCACUUACCUACCUCUCUGGGGCUGUGGGGUGGGGGGAUUCAAUGGUGCUUGCGAAGCUGGGGGGGUCUCCAUGCCCCUGUAUAAAUGUGGCCCCCGCACUGGCUCUUUCAAUAAUAAUCUUGCGAUUUCUAA